CGGUAAUUGUGUCUAUGCGCGAGAGUACAGAGGAGGGAGGAGAGACCGAGAACGGGAGAAGGGCCGCCAUUAUUGGGAAGCUGAAAAAACACAUUAACACACAUUCACACGCGCUCCGUCACUGAAUUUCGCCUUUAUGCUGGGAGAAGUCCUUUUUUCCGCUGGAGACUUGCGCUGUUCCUCACAGACCGCGUGUUGACGGCUGAAAUGUGUGAUAAACAUGGACAACUCGGGAUGUUUUGGACACAACAAAGGAAAUUAUAAGUGCUCCGAAACAACGUGGUGAACCCAAGGGAAGACACAACGAUACAAAGCUGUUUUUCCCUCUCUCUCUCUCUCCUUCAACGCCCCCUCCUUUCCAACAAGAAACUGAUAUUCCAGUCUGGGUUUUCCUCGAUGCUUUUUGUCUUUUGUGCUGCGUUUGGGAAGAGAACCACAAAUCAGAUUGUUGAAAACUUUCAGAAUACAAUCAGCCACUGAAAGAAGAGCUUGUAUUGCGUUCGGACAGCUGCAGAAGGUGAACGCCGACGUUUAUGGGACUACUGCUGGACUAUUAUUAUUAUUAUUAUUAUUGCUAGUCCUCAUCUUGAUGAAUUUCUGAGCCGGUUAUACUGCUGCUGCAGAUAAAGGAGUGAAAGAGAAGAGAAAGGGGAGGCAUGCUGUGGGUCAGAUCCAGGUUGGGCGAACCUGAAACCUACAGUAUUUCUGUGUCAGAGUGCCCCUGAAGAGAGGAGAUGGGCUGGAAUAAUAACACCUGCAGCACACCUGCCUAAGUCCACAAGGACUCCUCUCCCCCACCCUCAAACCCAUUCCCUUCUUCCCCUUCUAAACCUCUGCCAAAAUCCUAAAUAGCCAAAUGACUGCAGAUUUAAAAUUUGAUCAUUAAAGGCAUUGGACAUACUGGCCCUGCAUGGAAAAAAAUACCUAAAGUAACUUUCAGGAUCUUUAGAAAUAAAUUAUUUGUCAAGCCUGAAAGCAUUUGGAUGGAACAUCAGCCCAGCAGCUUUCAAACUAGAGCUUCUGGGAAUGGCAAAAUGAGUGCUGUCAUACUAUGAUGAUGGCAAAAAAACAAGAUGCCCGGGCACCAACCUACAACCUUGUUGUGGUAGGUUUGUCCGGGACUGAAAAGGAAAAGGGGCAAUGUGGGGUAGGCAAGUCCUGCCUUUGUAAUCGCUUUGUUCGCCCCAGUGCUGAUGAUUUUUAUUUGGACCACACAUCUGUUUUAAGCACAAGUGACUUUGGUGGUCGAGUGGUAAACAAUGACCACUUCCUGUUUUGGGGUGAGGCGGUACGAAUGUUGGAAGAGGGUGCUGAGUGCCGAAUGCAUGUGGUGGAACAGACAGAGUUUAUUGAUGACCAAACGUUUCAGCCUCAUCGAAGUACUGCCUUACAGCCCUAUAUCAAGCGGGCAGCUUCCACCAAACUGGCCUCUGCUGAGAAGCUUAUGUAUUUCUGCACAGAUCAACUAGGACUAGAGCAAGACUUUGAGCAGAAGCAAAUGCCUGAAGGCAAGCUUUUAGUGGAUGGAUUUUUACUCUGUGUAGAUGUGAGCAGGGGAAUGAACCGAAAUUUUGAUGACCAGAUGAAGUUUGUCACCAAUCUCUAUAAUCAGCUAGCUAAGACCAAGAAGCCAGUUGUACUUGUGUUGACCAAGUGUGAUGAAGGAGUUGAGCGGUACAUUAAAGACUCUCACACCUUUGCCUUGGCCAAGAAGAAUCUGCAGGUUGUUGAAACCUCAGCACGCUCUAACGUUAAUGUUGACCUUGCCUUUCUUACCUUGGUGCAGUUGAUAGAUAAGAGUAGAGGGAAGCCCAAGAUCAUUCCAUACUUUGAAGCCCUCAAGCAGCAGAGUCAGCAGAUAGCAUCCGCUAAGGACCGCUAUGAGUGGCUGGUAAGUCGCAUUGUGAAGAACCAUAAUGAAACAUGGCCCAACAUCAACCGCAGAAUGCAGACAUCCCCUGAAUACAAAGAGUAUGUCUUCCUUGAGGGUACUUCCAAGGCCAAGAAACUAUUCCAGCAACAUGUGCACAGGCUCAAGCAACAGCAUAUAGAAAAGCGGCGUAAAAUCUAUCUCAGCACACUCCCACAGGCUCUCAAUUCCUUGGUUCCAGGUCUGGAUGAGAUUGAUCACCUGAGCUGGUCAGGAGUACAGAAAGUUCUCGAGACUAAGCGGGAAUUCUCCCACUGGUUUGUUGUGCUGGAUGACACACCUUGGGAAACUACACCACACAUUGACAACAUGGAGGAUGAACGCAUUCCACAGGACCUUUUGGAAACCCCUGCAGCAGAGCAAAUCUAUGAGUUUCACUUAGAACACCUGCGCAAUGAACGAAAGCGGGCAGAAAUGCGAUGGGAAUUCAAAGAGAAACUUGCAUCUUCGCCAUUUGUUACACCUGGCAAACCCUGGGAGGAAGCUCGUAGCUUCAUAAUGAAUGAGGAGUUUUAUCAGUGGCUAGAGGAGUCUGAGUACCUUGAUAUCUAUAACAAAUACCAGAAGAUUAUUAUUGACCAAGCCAAAGAGGACUUCCAAGAACUUUUACUGGAGUACUCAGAGUUGUUCUAUGAGCUUGAAGUUGAUGCUAAGCCCAGUAAAGAAAAAAUGGGUGCCAUCCAAGAGGUUCUUGGAGAGGAGCAGAGGUUCAAGGUCCUGCAAAAGCUUCAAGCUGAGAGAGAUGCCCUAGUGCUCAAGCAUAUCCAUUUUGUCUACCACCCUACUAAGGAAACCUGUCCAAGCAGUCCUCAUUGUGUGGAUGGCAAAAUUGAGCAACUCUUAGCCCUUCGUUUUCCCACUCGAUAUUCCUUUGAUGGGAGCUCAAAAUCACAAUUUGGUGAGGGAAAGGUAGACAGAAUUAAUCUUGUGAUCCUUGGCAAAGAUGGACUUGCAAGAGAGUUAGCUAAUGAGAUCAGAGCACUGUGCACCAAUGAUGAACGGUACGUGCUAGAUGGAAGGACUUAUGAACUGGCUCUUCGACCUAUAGAGGGAAAUGUGCGCCUUCCAGUGAACUCCUUUCAUACCCCCACUUUUGCCCCACACGGUUGCCUCUGCCUCUACAACUCAAAGGAAUCCUUAUCCUAUGUUUUUGAUAGUAUUGAGAAAUUACGAGAAUCAACCAUAGGUCGAAGGGAUACUAAUCUAGUUCAGCUUCCCUUAUCUCUUCUGUUGGUCACCAAAAGAGGUGUUGGUUCAAUUUCUGACAUUGGAGGUGAAACGGCACAAAGCCUGAUCCAACAAGGUCAACAAGUGGCUGGCAAAUUUCAGUGCAGUUAUUUAGAGCCUGCUUCUCCAGGUGUGGGCUAUGGUCGCAAUAUAAAUGAAAAACAUUUAAACCAGAUACUCAAAGGUCUAUUAGACACACGAAGACCCUCAGUUAGCCUUGGCAGUAGCUCCCCACCUUUGCUCCCUGCACUUGCAAGUUUCAGAGACUCCCAGCAGAGCACAGAGGGUGACUUGCGAAUCGUAAUGUGUCUGAUGUGUGGAGAUACAUAUGAUGUUGACCAGCUUCUUUCACCAUUCUUGCUGCCCCAGCACUGUCGGCCCUCUUCCAGUCUAUCCAGUGGAACAUCAGUUUUCUUGGAUUUAUCUAUUGGUGGCCAAAGGCAAAGCAUUGAUCUUGCUGUUCUAUCUUACCACUCCUCUUUUUCCUUACGUAAAAGCAGAUUAGUGCAUGGUUACAUAGCAGUGUACUCAGCCAAACGGAAGGCUUCCAUGGAAACCCUUUGUGCCUUCCUUUGUGAAGUCCAAGACAUUAUUCCAGUGCAGUUGCUUGCUGUUGCAGAGACUCAAUCAGAACUUGCAGACUCUGAGGCAGUCCGAGAGCAGCUUGCCCAAGGGGAGGAACUGGCCCAUGAAAUUGAUGCCCGUUUCAGCUCUGUAAUCUGUGGACCUGGUGGGGUGGUGGGAGGCUUGCAUCGGAUAGACCACUUCCAGCCAUUCUUUAAGGAGGUAGUGGAGAAGAAAACCAUUGUAGAGGCAACAUAUAUGUAUGACAAUGUUGCCGACAAUGUCACCAAUGAGAAUGUUUCUUCACCUCGAUGUGGCUCCCCAAGCAUCACAUUGCUGGACUCGGAGGAUGACAUUGAGCCCUCCCCACCUUAUCCCACCCUAAGAGAAGAUGGCACUUUGGCCCAUGGUGGAGGUUUCAAGCUCCCAGAUAUGGAGGGUGAUGCCUUCUCGCUCAUCUCUGACAUCACCACUUUUGAAAACAAGCUUAACAACAAAGUCCCACCUCAGGUGCGACCAAAGCCCAAUGUCACCUUCGACAUUCCCAAAUCCUCAAACAUCAGUUCAUACAUGGACCUGGGCCUACACGGACCUAACAGGCGCUCAUUACCAUCAGUCACCUGGCCACCAGCAACUGAAGGUGGUUAUGAUCCAUCUGACUAUGCUGAACCUAUGGAUGCUGUUGCAAAGCACCGUCCCACAGAGGAGGAAAAUAUUUACUCUGUUCCACAUGACAGCACACAGGGCAAGAUCAUUACUAUUCGCAAUGCAAACAAAAGUCAUUCUAAUGGUGCAGGAAAUGGAUCAGACAGUGAGGCAGAUAGCAGUUCAUUAGAACGUAGACGGAAACUCUCUGCUCUUGGAGUUAAACCUGGGCUGUAUCGUGAUCGCUCCAAACGUCUUGGAAAGUUUAGCAGCUUCCGCACAAGCUUCAUUGGCAGUGAUGAUGAGCUUGGAGGUCUUCCCAAGAUGAAAGAAGAUGAGCUUGGUGUGCAGAAAGGGGACAGUUCCUUGAAUGAAGAAGGCGAGGACCCAAAGAGGAGGAAUAUCUUGAGAAGUCUGCGAAGAAAUACCAAGCAGAAAACACGGGCAAAGGCUCGUCAGUCAUCGUUGUCGAAACCUCUUGAGAGUAACUACUUCGGUGUCCCCUUGGCCAACGUUGUCACGCCGGAGCGGCCCAUUCCACUGUUCAUCGAAAAGUGUAUCCGCUACAUUGAGGCUACAGGGUUGAGCACAGAAGGGAUCUACAGGGUGAGUGGAAAUAAGGCCGAGAUGGAAAGCAUGCAGCGACAGUUUGACCAGGACCCUAACAUUGACCUGAUUGAGAAGGACAUGUCUGUGAACACGGUGGCUGGAGCGAUGAAGAGCUUCUUCUCAGAGCUGCCUGAUCCUCUGGUACCCUACAGCAUGCAGACGGAGCUGGUGGAGGCCUUCAAAAUCAAUGAUCGAGAGCAGCGUCUCCACACCAUGAAGGACGUGCUCCGCAGGUUCCCUCGAGAAAACUGCGAGGUCUUCAAAUACGUCAUCACUCACCUGAACAAGGUGAGUCAAAACAGCCGCCUGAACCUGAUGACCAGCGAGAACUUGUCCAUCUGUUUCUGGCCGACACUAAUGCGGCCCGAUUUCACCACCAUGGACGCGCUGACGGCCACACGCACCUACCAGAUGAUCAUCGAGACAUUUAUCCACCAGUGUGCUUUCUUCUUCUACAAUCAGCCUUUGGCCGACACACCCAGCGGCCUGCCUGGACACCCUGCCUUGCCUACCACCACCUUGUCUUCUGCCUCCUCCAUACCAGGCUCCGCCUACUCUGUCUGUUACGCCUCAUUACACCCCGUAGCCCUGCCCUUCAGCCCAGCCCAACAAUCCCCGCCCCAUUCUCCACCCCUAACCCCUCAAUCCCCAAUCCAGAGCCUGCUGCCUUCGCUCCACCCCCAUCACACCCCUACGGAACAACACAUGCUGUGAACCUGUAGACGAGGAGGAGAACUUUGGGAGCACUGAAAGAGAUUAAUUGAAUGGAAGAAACUUCCAAGGAGAUUGCACGGCCGUGCCUGACUUGUCACAAGCAAAAGCAGUAGAGGAACGAGAAAGAAAAAGGUCAAGAGUACAUGAGCUACGUCAACCACACUUCAUUGCCCACUUUCUGCAUCAUGCUACUCCAUAAAUUGCAGCGCCGCUCUGUUCUUGGCCCUUUAUGCUCCUCACACACACAUAGAUAACUGCACGUGAAGUGUGGUAACCCCAAACCCAGAUCUCUAAUGGGUCCAUGUGACGUAGGUGUUGCACUCUUGCUGGUUCAGCAUUGUCUUCGUCAGUUGGCGACCAAUGGGUGUUGGGGUAUAUGAACAAAUGGGCUGAACCCCACCUCAUAUUCGGGUGACCACUGUACGCAACCUCUUAGAAAUAAGGUUAAGCGGGCCAACAGGGUGGCCUAUAUAUUCACCAGAUAUUUGUUGUAACUUCCGACCACUGUCAUUAUCAAAUUAUGAAAACGAAAUGCUUUUUUCCAAUGCAGCAACACGACCAUAUUCCUACUCCUUAUUUAAUCUGUUUCAGCCUUUUAAAAAAGAGACAAAAAUCAAAAGACAAAACUAGAACUUGACGAACUGGAUCUAGUUUUGCUGGAAUGGUUGUCUGUGGAAUACUUUUGCACAGCAUUCUGGGAUUUGAAGUCUUUUCCUCACCUUUAUCCCCUGGCGCACGAGCCUCCAGAACAUGCUGGAAGACUAAUGCUUCUUUUAUUGCAGAAUGUCCUCACAACCAGACAACCCUCAGUUUCCUGCUCCACGAGGAUCUUCGACUUUGUUCAGUGUCUGUUCAUUUGGGAGCUGUAUUAUUAUUCUUAUUACACGUUUGCAGGAAGUCCCUCCCUUCUGGCUCAUGUUGGAUCUGUGGACUGCUUUUUGCGCACAUGGUUGGUGAACCAAUGAGUGGUGAGUUCUAAGGGAUGGGUUAGGUUGUGGUCCACCUGCGUUUGGAGGAGAGGUAUGCACUAAAUCAAGAGUUACAUCACAGAUCCGGAAGGUCAAGGAUGGUUGCACUAGAGGAGACGCUGUGUCUACCUGUACCUAUUCAGAUGGCAUUGAAUCAGUGAGCUGUGGAAGCCUAGAGGAGGAUGAGAGUGAAGAUAGUGGCAUAGCUGGAUGAAAUAAUGGCAUUCAGAAAAGAUAAAGUCUUCAAUGUGUUUGAAAACAGCAUGUGGUGCGUUAUCAGAGUGAGAGAAUAUGAGCUUGCAGUUAGUGGCUUUUUGUCAAGACUUCAGAGUUGACCUCAGCAGGAUGACAUUGUUUAUAAAAUGCCAGAAGUUUUUUUUUAAAGAAAGAUUGGGGGUUAGAAAACCUGGGCACAGAAACGGGAAAGUUAAUGAGGUAGCUUGUGAGUAGGCUUUUCCUUCAGUGGGCUCUUGGAGCACAACACUACCACCCAGGGGACAAAGCAGGUAUUGCAUGAUGAAAUUCCGCUCGUAUUCAGGCUAAUGCUACAUUUUUGUUUUUCUAGAAACUGCUGGAUGCAUUCACAAUCACCUGAUUCACUUUGUAGCAACAUGUAGAAAACUUUCAGCAUUCAAGUUUAUACCAAUAUUCCCCAGCAUUUAUACUCCAGAUUAGAUAACAGAUCAUUUUCUGUGACUUUUGUGUUUAUCAGUUUGUUUUGAGCCGUGGUUUUCAAGCAGGGAGACGUUGUGAAACUGUGAAACAAUCACAUUUAUGGAGAUCAAUGAAUGUAUCCCACAGCAGAUUUCACUUCAUUUUUGUGCACAUCUCUCCCUGUAAUACAUGCUAACCAGUAAGUGAACCACACCUGCCUUGCCCCCUUAUAACAUGCUAAUCUGACAUCUGACUGGCUGGGAUGAGCUGUAGCUCUUUACCCAUUUUUGCUUAAACACUACAUCUUUUGCCCUCAGAGAGUAGGAGUAAUGGUAUAUUUUGGGAAAUCGGGAGCUGUGUAGCCUAUACGCCCCUGGUACUUUGUGUGUGAAUUCUGCAUUAUCUGUAUAUUUUCAAUGUAUUCUUUCAGAGCCGCUUGUCCUUCGCAGAAAAAAAUAAAACGGCAAAAAAACGAAACAAAAGUAAUUAAAAAGUGCAGGGGAAGACGACGUAAAGUGACAUGACAAAUGUGUAUUAAAAAUGUGACAGUGGUUCAGCAAUUCUAUUUGGCUGCAUCACUUUAUUUUUUGUUUCAUUUUCUUUUUUCAACAUUGGUGACAGAUUGUCUGUUAAGUUAAAGGAGAAAGGAGCAAAACUAUAUUCAGAAUGGUUGUUUAUUUGUACGUUAGGGGGUCUGAUGCUUUGCCCUGUAGUCAAUGGUGAUAGAAAAGGUGUUCUUUUUAUGUUUUAUUUUAAUAAUUAAAAAUGAGACAAAGCAUUUUUAACAGUCUUGUUUUGUUUUUGUUUUUUGUGAAUGGUGUAAAGGCCACAAUGAUGUAGUGCAUGAUUCAAGACCAGGUCAGGGAGAGGGGUCUGCCGCUCUCAGUAUUAAAAAAGGAAGA